CAUUUAUUACUCCUAAUACCCUCGCUACGUGCUAUCACCCAACUAUCUAUUGCUAAAUUGGACGGGAUACGGGAGGAGUAAAAUGACGCAAACGUGUCCUGUUCAGAAAACUCGUCGGGAGGCGGGAACGGUCAGCUUCCCAUGUUCCGACAAAAAUUCCCUGGGAUUCUUUCACAAUUACUCACGCAUUUUAAUAGACUACGAAGGGCGGGAAAAGCUUAACGUGGGUUCAUUUCGCGCGCCCCAAGGAGGAGCAGCCCUUUUAUUUUUCUUCUAACCGAGACCGGGGGUUUUCUCUUAAGUCGCCCCUUACAGAGAAACGGCGCGCACGGACGGAGGCGGCCCCUCGCUCGCCUUUCGGGGGCGGCCGCGGCUGCCCGGUGUUGGCCUGAGUUCUUGCUGGGCGGAGUUGGCGCUUCCAGCCCCCUGCCCUGCCCUGCCUUGGGAAAGGGAGCCAACCCAGCGUCUCGCUCUUCGCCUCCUACCAGCUGACUUCAGCAGCAUGGACGCGGGCUCUGGCCCCAUUAGCUCCGCUUCCAACUUUCAAGAAGGUCCUUUCGGUUGCCCCAUUUGCCUAGACGCUCUGAAGGACCCGGUCACCACUCCUUGCGGCCACAAUUUCUGCUUGGAGUGCCUCGGGGCGCACAGGCAUCACCCCGGGGGCGUAACAGGAACCGGAGGACAAAGUGCCUCCCGCUGCCCCCUCUGCCAGGAACCCUUCCCAGCCGACCUCCCGCUCCGUAAGAACCACACCCUGGCCGAAUUGUUGCAGCUCCGACAGCCCGUGCCGAGCAGUCCGGGCCUGGCUAUGGCACCCGAAGAAACGUCGGAACCGUGCGCUCCAGGGAACGGCGAUGCCCACAUCGAGGAGGUGCUGUGCGACUUCUGCACCGAUGGGGAGAGGGCUGAAGCGGCUAAGUCGUGCCUGGUGUGCUUGGCAUCCUUCUGUGCUCCCCACUUGCAGCCUCAUCUGAAAAGUCCGGCUUUCCAAAACCACCGGCUGGUUCCGCCCUUGCGGCACAUCGAGGAGAGCCUCUGUAAAUUGCACCUCAAGCCCUUGGAGAGCUUCUGCCGGACCGACCGCAGCUGCAUCUGCCAGCUCUGCCUGACCCAGGAGCAUCGGAGCCACGAGGUGGUGGCCGUGGAGGUGGAGCGGGAACACGUGGAGGCUCAGAGGCCCAGAAUCCUGAACAAUAUUGAAAAUCAGCUGGAUGAACUGGGAGCUGCAAUAACGCAAAUGAAGAGGAUGGUGGACCUCAUCAAAGCUACUGCUCAGAAGGAGAAAGAAAAGGUCAGCAGUCUCUUUACUGAGGCCACCAAGCUUCUGGCAACCUUUAAGAAGGAAGUGCUUGGUUUCAUUGAGGUUGAUGAAAGAGCCAUGCUAGGUGGAGCAGAGGAGGAACUGCGGCAUAAAGAAAAGCGGCAUGCCCUGCUGAUGGAACACAAGCGGAACCUGGAGAAAGUCCCCAGCACGGACAUCAUCACUUUCCUGCAGGAAUUCCAGGCAUUAAAAAUAGCAGCUGAGGAAAAAAACCUUGCAUGUUCAAACUUCCCCAGAGAGCUGAGUUUUAUUAAAUCCAGUCAGGCUGUAUUUGCUAUGAAGGAGCUGCUGGGAAAUAUUUGCAAGAACCAAUGGGACCAACUGUCAGGGAAGGGUGAGAAUGGACCUUUUCUUCAUGGGAUACCAGAAGUGACAAUUGAACCUCAGGUUUCAGAAAGGAGCAUCAACCCCGCCAGUUUGGAAUCACGAGAUUAUUUUCUCAAAUCUGCAUUCAUCAUUGACUUGGACAGUGAUACUGCUGACAAGUUCAUCCAACUCUUUGGGACCAAGGGGGCUAAGCGUGUGCUGAAUCCCAUCGCUUACCCUGAGACCUCAACCAGGUUUAUUAACUGUGAGCAAGUAUUGGGUGAGAAUCUUAUGAACCGUGGCAACUAUUACUGGGAAGUGGAGAUCAUAGAUGGUUGGGUGAGCAUUGGGAUCAUCACUGAAGAUUUCAAUCCCCAGGAAUCAUAUGACCGGGGCCGCCUGGGCAGGAAUGAGAAGUCAUGCUGUCUGCAAUGGAACGGCCAGAACUAUGUUGCGUGGUUUGGCGGAUUUGACUGUGUUAUACAGCAGCCAUUUUUUCAUACUAUUGGGGUGUACUUGGAGUAUUCAGAGAAGAUGCUGACAUUCUAUGGAGUCAAGGAUUCCAAGAUGACUUGUCUCCAGCAGUUCAAAGUGGCUCGCUUCAAAAAGGGGCAUUUUGACCCUUUCCAGAAUAAGAUCAACCACCAGUUUCCAACACUGUUCACGCACAACCUCAAGCCAGCCUUUUUUCUCGAAAGCGUAGAUGCUCACAUGCAGCUUGGGCCUUUGAAGAAAGACUGUGUUUCAGUACUUAAGCGGCGAUAAUUUGGUCAAUUAUCCUUCACUAAGGGUAAAGAAUUGGACAAAUAGGAGAUGUUUGUGUCAUCUCUGCUGGAACAUUGUGCCAUCUUUUUGAGUUAGUGUUAAUGAAUUAAUACUUAUUGCUGCUCUUUUUACCGUACUUAUUUGAUAAGUACGAUAAGUAUCAUUUAAAGACGCACUUUUCAGCAAAAUGUUUUCUUCUCUUCGACAUAAUUAGGGAUCAUUUACAAAGAGCUUGAUUUAAAGCAAGGACAUCUCCAUUUCAUCUAUAUGAACCAAUGGUAUCUCCAGAGACUGCUCUGUUUCAUAAGUAAUACAUGGAUCAAUAAUCAGUGGUACCAUGGAAACCCGUCUUCAUAAUAGCAGGCAGAAAAAAAUACUACCACUGAUCAAAAAUGUAUGCUGAAGGCCAUCACUUGUUUUUAAAUGUUGCUAGAUGAAUACUGCUCUUCCACUGCAUUUGAAAAAAAAACAACAAUUGUGGAGAAAACAAUGGUGUUAGCUGUCAGCUGAGCAAAUGACAUAGAUGAACAAAUAUAAUCAGCUUUGGAUUACAAUAGCAAGAAAGACAAUAUGGGGCUGUGGGGAGCUUUAGUUGAUUCUUAGCUUAAAUCUAAAUUCUAGUCUAGUAUUAGAAAUAUAACUUUGAGAUUAAAUGAAGCAUCUGGGCUGUGUAUCAGCACUGUUAGGUAGACCAGUUCAGGAAAUGAUCCACAAAGGAAGGAUACAAUUUUUACUGAGAUCAGCUAUAAUAAAUGAGUCUUGCAAGUCUGAUUUUAGUAUACCACCACCUCUUUGUAGCUCAGUGAAUUAGGGUGCCAUCUUACUGAGCUGCUUCCAAAUGUUAUCUCCUUGUUUUGGAUUUUAAAAUGUUCCUGUCACUUUUGUCUAGGUAAUGGUUCCUGCAUGUUUCCAUCACAGUCACAUUGCAUUCUCUGUACUUCAAUGCUAAAUGUGCCUGUUUAUUAAUAUUGGGUUAAAAAGUGUACAAAGUAAACUGAGUUGUAGAUCUGAAUGUGAGGUACUCAAGUGAUGAGUACCUGCACAAGAAGAGCAGAACGUUUAAGACUGGGUUGCAAGUUUCUCUUUCCUUACAGCAUCUUACAGGCACAGAAGUAUUAUAAAAAUAAGAUUCAGUGGCUUUCUGGAAUCACUGGCUGGUUGAAUCUGAUGGAAGUUGAGGCUUAUUAGCCUCUGAAGGACCGCAGAUUCCUAUUAUUAUGAUAUAUUUUGCUUUUCUUAGCUGUAUUUUGAGUACAUAUCCAUGGAAGUACAAUGGAAGAAACACUAUUGGAGAAUAGGGAUUGAACUUUCAUGUAUAACAAUGAUACGAAGUGUAUAAAAUCCAUCCUUUUCAAAUAUACUAAGAGAACAUUUAUAAAUUUACCAUAAUUUAGUCAUGGUGAUAGAAGUGGUGAGGAAAUUCUAGCUGCUAUUGUUAAAAAAAAAAGAUUUCAACCUAUGAGGAGACCCAAGUUUUUCAUUAAGCUUAGGCUAUUUUUAAAUUGUUUUGUGACUUUUUAAAGAUUGUUUUGUUUAGAACAGGAUUGACAACUGAGUUCGAAUAAACUAUCCAUUGAAUUCCUUUCUUUCUAGAAGAUAAUAUGCUAUGAGCAUUCAUAAUGUAAAUUAGGACUGAACAAGGAGAAAAUUUAGAGACAGAUUUUUUAGCAAUCAGAGGAUAAUUUUGUUCUUUGAAACGUUAAUCUAAUGCUAGCCCACUUCAUUAAUUCUGUGAUCUCAGGAUAACAUUGUUACAAGAGGGUUUUGCAGUGUUAAUGAGUAAAUUAUUUCUCUCUAAAACGUAUUUUGUUCCAUUAUAUCCUGUAUCCAAACUGGAAGUAUAGUAAAUUUGAUUAAUCAUGAAAUUAAUUUAAUAAGAGCACUUUUCCUUGCUGUUGGGCCUCACUGAAAUGUUCCUGCCUUUCAUUAAAAAAAUGUGAGGUCCUUAUAGUUUUGUUUGUGUAUCCUUCCCUUAAUGAAAGCACUGCAGCAUAGUGCUGAAAUACAUGCUUUGUGUUGUUUUUUCGAAAGUUUUCACCAUCUUUCUAUAAAGGAAAAAAAUGAUAUGUACAUGAUGUACAUAUUGAAUUGCAUGUUGCAAUCUAGUAUCUUAAAUUUAUAUCCAAUUAAUUAAUGUUAGGAAGGUUACAGGAUUUAAUAAAGAUAGAGUACAGAUGUUUGAAUUUUUAAGAAAGUCAAAGUAGUACGUAAUCCACUCUACUUUGAAAUUAUUACUUUUUAAAUAUUUAAAGAUAGAUAGUUAUUGAAAUAGAUGGAACCAUCACUGCAGGACUUGACAGAAGGGGCACUCAAGAUGGUGGAGAGGAUUUCAUUGUCCCUAACACAAGGGUGUCAAACUCGAGGCCUGGGAGCCAGAUUCGGCCCGCAGGGUGCAUAGAUCUGGCCCACGAGGCCACCCUGGAAAUAGUGAAGGACCAGUGAAAACAAAGUUUGUAAAGGCCACGCGUGGCUCCCCCUAGUUCCGUUUUCACUGGCAGAGGGUUGCAGGAGGCCUUUGCAGCUGAAAAUGGAGCUUGGGAGCCCAUUUUCGCUGGCAGACCACUCGGCCCACCACAUGUCCCCCCCGACACAAGUGACAUCAUGCUGGCCAUGCCCAUCCUUCCUUCCACCCAAGGUCAAACACAACCCCAAUGCUGCCCUCAAUGAAAUUGAGUUUGACACCCCUGCCCUAACAGGACAGAAGGCACAGUUCUGUGAAGAGAGGAUCUACAUGCAGAUGAUCCCAGUUAGAGGAGGUAGACAGUUUGUUCCUUCAUUUUUAUGAUACCUCCCCCCCCCCUAUUGUAAGUGGGGAGGUACUAUAGUUUGUGAUUUACUGAACAACUGGUUGAUGGAAGCAAGGCUACACUUAAUUUGAGGAGUUUGUAGAGUUGUGUCAUACAUAUGACUGGGACAGGAUUUUCUUUUUUAUA